CUGUUGCGUGCCGAGCAUCACUCGAAGAAAUCUUCAACAUAGUUCUUCGGAAUAGUGUGUUCAAAGAUUGUGGUACUCCGACUAUAUCCUGGAAAUCCAAGGGAUAUAUUCGCGUGUAGGAUGUUCGCCACCGGCGGACUUUGACAGCCGGGAAUCAGAGCUCGAUGGACCAGAGCGUAAUCGUGCCGUCGAUGCCCCGUGACCCUGGCAUCGAUAACAUGCGGUUGACCAUGAAGAACGAGUCCGACGCCAGCAACCUGCACCAGCAACAGGAGCAGACGGUUGUCGUGCAUCCAAACUCUUCGACCGCACGAUCGAUAUUGCCGAUGAGCGCAGGUAGUCUGCCCCAGGAGACAAGCUUAGAACCGCUCAUGUGCAAUCCGACGAGUAGCGAGAUGCAGGCGAGGAAACCUGGCUCGCGACGCCAGGAAAAACCGCCGUAUUCCUACAUCGCGCUGAUUGUGAUGGCGAUCCAGUCGAGUCCAGGCAAGAGGCUGACCCUCUCGGAGAUUUAUUCAUUUUUGCAGCAGCGUUUUCCUUUUUUCCGUGGCACUUAUCAGGGCUGGAAGAAUUCGGUGCGCCACAAUCUCAGUCUGAACGAAUGCUUCAUCAAGCUGCCCAAGGGUUUGGGACGACCCGGCAAAGGUCACUAUUGGACCAUCGAUCCUUCCACUGAGUACAUGUUCGAGGAGGGCAGUUUUCGGCGGCGACCACGCGGCUUUCGACGCAAGUGUCAAGCGAUGAAGCCGCAAUAUCCGCAAUAUUAUUCGAGCGCCGCACCCGGAGUCGGCGUGCAGACGCCUGGUCCCUACGAAAAUCUAGCCGCCGGACCUGGUGGCAUCGAAUACGCGAACGGCUACCAGAAUCAGUAUCAAAAUUACCAGGAGUACGCCAUGUACGCGCCGAGUGCGGCGGUGUCCGCCGAUUGGGCAUAUCCGGAGAGUUCAGCGACGUACAAGUCUGGGCCGUCGAUAGCCGAGGUGACUUACAAGACCACCGAAGUCACGUAUAAGACCGGCGGCGAGCCAGCGCCGGUCUACAGGAACGGUGAGUUAGUGACGUUCAAGAGCGAGCCUGGAUCUUUCGGUGCUCGUGGCCAGGAUCAGCUGACGGCGUACAGGCCAUCGACCGACGGAUUCUCAACGAUGAAGGAUCAUCAUCCGCAACAUCACGCCGACUACAAGGACGAGGCCAUGAUGGGUUACAAGUGUGCUAACUCGACACCUACCACUCAAGCGCCUGGACAAGAUUAUUAUGUCGGUUAUGGCCUCGCGGGGGUCAACAAUGCUGUCGGCCACGGCGUUAAUAUCACCAUGCAAUCUAUGCAGGAGCAGCCGGGUAACAGCAGCCCUGUGACCAACGUCAGUUCGCCACACAGUGGGUGUCCGACUCCUGCCGCGGAUCACGGAAUAAAAAUGCAGUGCACCAAUUCCAACUCCAGUUCGAACAGUUCUGGCGGCGGCAUCAUUGACCGGAAACCAUCCUAUUUCGCGCAUCCGGGAAGUUCGGUGACCUUGAGCUCUCUAAGUUCACUAGGUUCGUUAAAUCUGAGCAACAUCGGCGGCCUAAGCAUAUCCAAUAUACCUGGCACAGUUUCUACGAAUAUUCAUCACGCGUCGACAUCUCCACCUACGACGAUGUACUACGAUCAGAUCAAAUACAGUAUGUGAAGACAUUUUUUUCCGAAGAAAAGAGACAAGUCAUUAAAUCCGUUAAAUUAUUAUUGAUCACCAUUACGAUUGAGCGUGAGGUUUGCUUUGUUCGCUAAAAUUUACUGAAGAUGGCCCUAAAUGAGACCGAAA